AUGUUAAAUACGUUAGCUCUGGGUCGUGCAAUCGAGACGUGGGAGCUGACGUCGGGACAGCAGUACCCAAACAGAAAUAGCAUUAUUCACAGAUACCUACAUUUUGAAGCACUGACGGACCAUGACUACAAUUUUUCCUGUGUCCGCUGUGGACAUCACCCUCCUGUGGUGGUAAUGGAUCUGCACAAGAGCUGUGUCUUCAGCUUGGCGGUCAGUGAACUAGAGGAUCCACCAGAUGGCUUUGGAGGGGAGGUGGACAUAGAAGAGUUCUGGGACUCUCUAUGUGUAGAGAGGAUUGCACGUGGGUUUGUUCCAAGUGAUCGGCAAAAUCCCUUUGCUGUUAAACCUACGUACCACCAAUGGGCCCCGUGGAUUGGACCUCACACCCGCAAAUCCAGCAAGGUGCUCAAUACCGAGCAUGAAAAGGUCCACAACACCAGGCACCCAAACGAACAGACAGAGAUUGACAUUACAGAGGACAGGCUACUAGAUGAAAUAUCAAAUUUGAAGGUCCAUGCCAUCCGAAAGCUGUGCAGGGAGUGCAGAAUCGAUUCAAAAGGUUCCAAAAUGGAUUUGAUUCUAAGGCUUCGGGAAGAGAUGAAAACCCGAAGCAAAUAUGAUAAAAUAUUUCAAAAGGUUUGGGGAGCAUCUGGUGGCUGGGCUGUUGUUAUGUGUCCCUGUGGACAGGUAGUAUCUUUAAAGUGCAACAUUCGGGCAGAAAGUCCAAGAGAUUAUGCCGAUUUAUUGCUGUCAUGGAAGCACAUGCCAAAUGUUUCUAUAUAUGACUUCGCGAGAGGACUGGCAGUGCAUGCCAACCUCAGAGAACCUGAGAAGAUCCCUUUCAGCCCUCAUGAGGGUAGGCUAUUGGACCCCAGCCCUGGAAACAUACAGUGGGCAGCCAAUGGUGGGACGGUUCAUCUACCAUGGCUCAACACAAGGAAGACUGUACCGGACCUGGGUGGCCAUCCCCUGACUGGGUCAGCAGAGCACUAUUGUCUGUAUGACACUUUUCAUGAGGGGAACACCAAAGAUCCGAAGGAUGUUCUCCGGAGGAUCAAAAUGGUUCCUGAACUGGCAGGGAAGAUCAACAGCCAGGUUGCAGAGCAACUGUUUUCCACAAUGAAGAAAAGCAAUUAUUAUAUGAACAUGCUCUCACCAUCGGCUCAUGUCUUCCUGAUGCGCAAUGUAAUACACAAUUACAAUCAGCGCAAAACCCAAAAAAUCAUGUUGGAACUGAAGAAACUGGUAACUCCUGAAAUGCAGCUGUGUUUCAAUGUGCAUGGGCAGGCAGAAUUCUGUACCUCCCAGCCAACAGAGCUUAGCCCCGACUCAGUUGUUGCCUCCUCUAAGCGAGCAGAAAUGGAGUAUAGCUCGGACCCAGAUCUGUCACCACCCUCAAAACGCUCAAAGUUACAGUUGAUCUCCUCAGCUGUUGACCCCCGUACCAACUCCAACAUCACAGUGGCGGAUUGGAAGCAACUACCAAACGCAAGACUGAGUGAAUUACUGGACUAUGUAUUGGACGUUAAGGGUGACCCUAAGGAGGAAAUAAUCCAAACUCCCAACUGGAUAGUCAGAAGUGCGACUUUGCAUCCAAAGACGUGGUGCUUCUCCCUGCCUGGCAGCCAGGGCACUGGACAUUGUGUUACCCUGGCACAUGCUAUGUCCAAUGGACCAUGGAAGGGACAGUACUUGGCUGACGAGGACGCACCUCACCAGCACCAGAGCAACAGCUGUGGGGUGUUCAUGCUGAUGUACGCAAUGUAUUCUACCCUCCAAAAGAAAUAUGAUUUCAGUGAGGGGGACAUGCUCUCUAUCAGGAGGUGGUGGUGUGGACAGCUCUUGGAGACCUUUAUGCUUGAAAGCCCUGCAGAACUAGCUGUCUCGUUCUCAUCCUCUCCAUCUCCCCAUCUCAUUCACACCAUCCAAUCCCCAAGCAGUGAAAGCCCUGCAGGACUAGCUGGCUCACCCUCUCCAUCUCCCCAUCUCAGCCACACGCUCGGAUCUGGCACAACACAGGACAGGCCGUUCUUGCCACCCGAAGUCCUUCAGAAAAUUGUAAAAGAGACGCUGAGACUGGACAUGGCGAUGCUUCCCGUGUUCAACAGGGUCUCAAAAACGUUGCGAGAACUAAUCAAGCCUCUCCACCCUUCAAUACAUAUAAAUGAAAGUUUGGCAAGGGACCUCAAGCUUAAGAAAGACGAUCUCAUACACAUUACUGUUAGAAAGCUUUGCAACAAUGCAGGCCCUGGCAGUGGCCUUGCGCUACGCCUCAAAGGCUUCUCGAAAAAUAAGAAUUGGUGGCCAAGGGCACGCCUGGUGCUGAGGCACGUUGCACAUGGCAGGUAUGUCAUACAAGAUGUCUACCUAGCAUAAUGUUUUUAUUACUCCUUUUUUCGUUUUAUUUGGGAUUUCUUGUUUUGUAAUCCCUUUCAUUUGUAAAUGUUCAUAUUCUGUAGUAAAUGUAUCUGCCCAGAAAUGCUGGUAUUUUAU